GCCCCAACCAAGCCGGUCCACUUGAUUCCUAACGAUCCGCUUAAUUUAAUUCGCAAAAAUGCUAAAGUUCUGCGGCCUGCUACUAUUGGCGAGCUGCGUGUUAAUCGUUCGCGGAGGUGUUAUAGAUGUGGAAGUUCCCCAGGAAAUUACUGAGGACUUAGAGGAUGAUUCAAAAAACACCAGUAGUGUAAACCCAUCCGAAAUCAGUGAAAGCAACUCGACCCUGAAGCUGGUUCAUGUGCUAUUUCGUCAUGGCCCCCGAACCCCUGUGAGCACUUAUGCCAACGAUCCGUAUAUCAACGAAACUUUCGAACCCUACGGAUGGGGUGCUCUAACCAACGGUGCUAAAGUGGAGCUGUAUAAAAUAGGCAAACAACUGCGUCAGCGCUAUAAAGAUUUCCUGCCGCCCUACUAUCAGCCCGAUAUGAUCCGUGCCCAAUCUUCGGAGUCGUCGCGCACCUUGAUGUCCCUCCAAAUGGUGCUGGCCGGACUUUUCCCGCCGGAGAACACUCCCAUGGAGUGGAACCUGCUGCUCAACUGGCAGCCCAUUCCCAUUGUGAUGGAACCCGAAGAAACUGAUGUGCGCAUUAGAAUGAAGGCGGAUUGUCCGCGAUACGAUGAGGCAGUUCAGGAGGUGAUAAAUCUUCCUGAAGUCAGACAACUCCAUGCCGAAAACUCCGACUUGCUGCAAGAACUGACCAAUCUCACCGGAAUCAAUGUUACCCAUGUCCAUGAUGUUACCAGUAUUUUCAUCACACUGCUAUCAGAGCAAACCUACGGCUUGGAGUUGCCCUCGUGGACCAAGGAUUACUUUCCGGAGAAGAUGUUGCCCUUGGCGGCCAAGUCUUAUGUCUACGAUGCGUAUACGACCGAGUUACGCAAAUUGAAGGGAGGCUUCUUCGUCGAGUUGCUUCUAAAGCAAAUGCAGGACAAGAUCUCCGGAAAGCUGAAGCCGAAUAAUCGCAAAAUGUUUCUAUCCUGCGGACACGAUUGGACCAUCACAAAUGUUCUAUCCGCUUUGGAUGUCUGGCAGGCUCAAAUGCCUCGAUUCUCAGCUCUAAUUGCCUUUGAGUUGCAUCAGAAGGCGGAAACAGGAGAGUAUUUCGUGGAGAUCUUCUUCCAAAACGAUCCCGAGGAAGAGCCACAACAAGUACAGAUUCCAGGCUGUGAAAAACAGUGCCCCAUUGAGAAGUUAUUAGAGCUAACGAAGGACAUCAUUCCAGAUGCUCCCUACUCCGAACUGUGCAAAGCUAAAGACACUCAGGAAGUAUCCAAGAUUAGCUAUAAUUACGCCUCCACCAAAAUGCCGCGUUCGCAUUUCACUCGAAGGCAUUGUCUAGCGAUGACGGGCGGAUUAAUUGCAUCGGCGGUUCUAAUCUGGUGCGUCGCUCACUCGGCGAUCGAAUCGACGGCCAAGCUCUACGAUCCCGGCGCUGAUAAAUCCACGCUCGAGCUGCUGCAUGUGGUAUUCCGACAUGGACCACGAACGCCGGCGGAUUCGUAUCCAAGGGAUCCCUAUGUAAAUGAGACCUACUAUCCCUUUGGCUGGGGACAAAUAACAAAUAAUGGCAAACGCGAACUGUUCAACAUUGGUACUUGGCUGCGUAAGCGUUAUGGCAAAUUUCUGGCGCCCAACUACAGUCCCGAUUUGGUCCACGCUCAGGCGACGGGAGUGCCGCGGACUCACAUGACCAUGCAGACCGUUUUGGCCGCCUUCUUCCCGCCAAAGGGAACCGAUAUGGAGUGGAAUAGCCGGUUUAAUUGGCAGCCCAUACCUGUCUUCUCCCAGGAGCUCAGCCAGGAUACGUUGCUACUGGUGCGAACUCCCUGCCCGCGAUAUUUCGAGGCCCUGCAUGAAGUGUACGAGUUGCCUGAGGUUAAAGCCGAGAUCGCACCCUAUUUGAAAAUGUACAAGGAGCUGGAAGAGCAUACGGGCCUCAGUUUCAAGGAGCCCGAGGAUGUGCAAUCCCUGUAUUUGACACUGCUCGCCGAACAGGAGUGGGGUCUGGAAUUGCCCGAGUGGACGCAUUCCUAUUUCCCGGAGAGACUGCAGUUCCUGGCCGAGCAGAGUUACGUUUACAAUGUGUACACACCCGAGAUGCAGAAGAUCAAGGGUGGUCCCUUCCUCAAGAAAAUGUUCAAUGAAAUGCAGCAGAAGAAGAAUGGAACCCUGAAACCCACUGACAGAAAACUCUUCAUAUACACGGGUCACGAUUCGACGGUGGUGAACGUUCUUGCCGCCCUGAAGAUCUGGGAACGCCAAAUGCCUCGCUACUCCUCGAUGGUUUUGUUUGAGCUGCAUAAGAACAAGGAAACCGGCGAUUAUUGGGUGGAGAUCUACUUCCGUAACGAUCCCAAGGGUCAGGCACAAAAGCUCACAGUUCCCGGCUGUGAGUUCCAGUGUCCUUUGGAAAAGCUUCUGGAUUUGGCCAAGGACGUAGUCCCCACGGAAGCGGAUGCCAAUCGGUGCGACUCUCGAAAUGCCGGCUUCACAGAACCACCUCUCCGAGGACCUUAGAAACCAGAAUUUAGUGGAUAUAGAACAAUCGUUAAGGUGCUACACAUCUCAGGGAGUGGGAGUGCAAAAAACCCACUUGUAAGGCGCAAUCCUCUAGUUAAGUCCGUCGUUAAGCAUAGGCCGAAUAAAUACGUAUACCUGAACCCAUUAUGGGUAAUCGUUAA